AUGCAGGUUUUGGACCCGGAGUUGGGCAUAGGAUACGAAGACCUCGAACAGUCGAUCGGUACAGAGGAUUUUAUCCUGCAAUUGGCGAUGAAGGCGAACUCCAAUGAAAAGGAUGAUCCGAUAAACGCGAUCAAACUUUCACUUUCCCAGAAUAUGCUAAUGGCGGAUACCAUUGAUAUUGAAUCGCUAUUUCCCCAAAAGGUUAUCCAGCCAUCGCUGCUUCCCAAUACGAUCAGCGCCAUGUUCCACAUUGCCGAUGACCUGUUGGUCAUCGAUCAACUAGGAGGGAUUACCGCCAACUCCCUAUUGGGCCGCUUUACACAUGCCGACGAAGCUAUCCAUGCCCAUUGUAGAGAACUGGCACAGAUCGAGGCCAAUGCCAACCCCGAUGUGGUUUUCUUUGACAUUGGCUAUCAGGUAAAGGACCGUAUUGAUAAUAUCAACCGAAGAAAAUCCGUAUUUAGCCACCAAUUAAGCAUCCUUGAUUUUGACACGUCAGCUGACCCGAUAAGCUUAUCCGAUAUCUAUAUUUCCAUUGAUCAAAAUACCAUGGUGCUGUGGUCGAAAAAAUUAAACAAACGACUGGUACCCCGAAUGGCCUCGGCGUAUAAUUAUACCAAAUCUGAUCUUCCCUUGUUCCGGUUGCUCUGUGAUCUUCAACACCAAGGCAUCAAUGCCUAUCAUCAAUUUGAUUUGCACACCAUCUUACCGGGAUUGGCUUAUUACCCACGUUUACAGUUCCGCAACCUGAUAUUGUCUUCGGCCAAGUGGAUCAUCAAAAGUACCGAGCUAUACGGAAGCGGCCAAUCUACCGGUAAAAUUGCGUCGUCUAGAGCGUACCUGCGAAGCAUCGGUGUAACAGGUUAUUUCAAGAGUGGAUUUGCCGACCAAACACUUUGCUUCCAUAUAGAUAACGAUCGGGACAUGGAAUGCUUUUUGCGCUAUACCGAGAAAAUGUCCAAAAUUACCAUAGAAGAAGUAGUGAUGGGAGAGGAGCCGGUGGUCAGGGAUGAAAAGGGCAGUCCCUAUGUUGCCCAGUUCAUUGCCAGCCUGGUCCACCAUGAAGAAAUAUACAGGACGCCACGAACCAUUUCCCAUCCCAAAGCAAAGAAUGUACAGCGAAUGUUUGCUCCUGGGUCCGAGUGGAUCUAUUUUGAAGUGUACUGUCAUACCCAACGCAUGAAUAGUUUGUUGCUAGACUAUGUUGAACCGUUUGUUGUAUCGAUGAAGGGGACCAUUGAAAGUUGGUUCUUUAUCCGCUACCUGACCGAAGAUGGCUCCCAUCUACGGGUCCGGUUUAAAAUGUGCACAGCAGAUCAAGCACCGAUGGUAAUCGCCGCAUUUUCAGAAAUGCUGAACGAACAACUUACUGGUGGCAUCAUUGCAGACCUUUUGCUCAGAACCUAUAAAAGGGAACUUGAACGAUAUGGUCAAGAAUUGGUUUCUAAUGCUGAACAUUGCUUUCAUUUGGAUACUAACCUUGUCUUAACCUUGCUCAGAAGUGAACCUACGGAUCAACAACUUUACCAAAUGAGCCUCAUGGUUCUGGAGUCUCUAAGGGGUUCAGGGCUGUUAGGCCACGAUAGAUUUGAACGGCUUAUUUCCGAUGUUUCAAAAUCGUUUACCGAAGAGCAUCGUCUUGGAAGUGCCGAAUUUAAAGAGCUCAACAAGUGUUUUAAAGCCUUUUCCAAAUUGCCAAACCUCUACCUGAAUGAAGAACAACAUCUCCAUAUGGGAUGCUAUUGCAAAGGGCUGAUCUCAUUACUGGAACGGGCAGACGAAAUAGAGCGCAGUUCUACGACAGUGAGCAUGUUCCACAUGCACGUCAACCGGCUUUUUUCCUCACACCAGCGAACCCAUGAAAUGAUAUUGUACUACUUAUAUUUAAAGGAGUUCCAAAGGGGCAAAUUUGCAUAA